AUGCAGACAGCAGCGAAGAACGAUGCCAUUCCUCCCAUUAGUUUUCACACAGCAACGCUAUUACCCGAUAAUCAGAGUAUACUCAUAUGUGGAAGUAGCAAUCAAUCAGCAUAUUCUGGUCUAGCAGUUCUGAAUGCCACAAAUUAUGUGUGGACAGUUAUAAUUCCAAAUGGGACAAAUGGGACAUCUGAAAAAUCACCAUUCUCACUUUUAGGCGGUCACGUAGCUACACUCUAUCAUGAUGUCAUAAUUUUUGCAUUUGGUGGAAACUCUAAUGAAUAUUAUCCGACAG